GCGCAGAAAGGAGGCCAUGAAGAAUGGUCGGUGAGCACAGCGCGGGCGCGCGGUAAUGCACUCCGCUCGAUUCGAGCGCAGAAACAGCAACCCCCCCAAGGGCUCUCGAUUCUCACAAUCUUACACCCACCCCAACCAUCCCCCUACCUUUUUUUCGCCAAGGUUGCGAUUACGCUAAGGCCCUGGGGACCUAAUGAAGAGAAAAACUCAGAGUGAUCCGAUUUUGGGAUUUUUGGAGGCCCGAAAGCCCCCCUCCCCUUCCCCCAGUUCGAUCGUGAACUUUUGGCGAGGGUCGCCUCCAUCGCGGCGGGGGCACCGGCAUACCGGACCAGGGGGGGUGCGGAAAGACUUGGAGCGCGUGUUGUUCGAAAGCCUCCUUUUGGGGCUCGGUUUUUUUAGGUUGCGAUGGGGAGAAUUUCUCCCCCAUCUUUGCGACCUACGAACUUCAGCAAUUUUUUUUAACUCUCGUCGUUAUCAUUUUACACAGCCCAGGACCAGGGCGGGCACACGGCAGGCAUAUCACUUUAGUAGUAGAUGUCAUGGUCAGCCCGUCGCUCUCUUUCUCCAACCCAAUGAUCCAACAGGAAAAGAGGUGUGGGCGGGCUUGGCAGGGGCUCAUUGGGACCGGAUUUUUUUUCAUAGUGGUAUGGCGUCCCAGAAGACCACAUUUUUGUUCCCUCCACCCAUCUUACGAGCCAAAAUUAUCCAUAGGUUGUAGUCCCGGCAGAUGGGUGCAGAUGCAGAACAAGACGGAUGUAGCCGGUUAUCGAAAAGGAGUGGAGGAGCCCACUUCCACGAAUGCAGCAUUUCUGUCAAAAUUCUGUGAGAUGUGCCGUGUGAUCGAGGGUGGAUUCCAGCCCGUCUGAAUCCAGCAACUUUUUCUCCCAAAGCAUUGGCAUCAUUGGUAUUGUUGUAUGACCAGGGGGUGUCUUGAAAAAGAAAGACAGGUCCAAACGGCAAGGAGGUUGCGAGGCUC